UGGGAGGGGGCGUGGUCGGCGGGUGCAGAGACCGGGGGAGCUCGGUGUGGAGGGAGCGACCCGCAGACACCGGCUGGGCUGCAGCCUCCGCCCGCACGGCGCCCCCCACCUCCCCCUUGCCGGGAGGGGGCUCGGUCCCUCUCGCAGGGGUCAUGGAUCCCAAGCGCCUCCCCAAGAGAGCUGCCCCGGACAGCAGGAUCUACUCCCCUCCGCCCGGCUUAACAGCGGCCGGGCCCUGCUGCCCCGACUGCAGCCCCCCGUCGGCCGCCCACCGCCACGGGCUGUACUGCGGGGUGAUCCAGGCGUGCAAAGCCCCCACCUCCGCGCCCAGCAACGCCGUCUACACGGUGCUGGUGGAAGAUGCCCUGCUGCGGCGGCGGCGGCGGAAAAGUAGCGAGGAGGCGGCGGUGGCCAACGGGCUCGAGGGGAAGAGCCCUGGCAAGGGCCGGGUGAAGCAUUUGCAGAAGAGCUGUAAUGGCAACGUGCUGCUGGAAGAAGCUGAGCCGAGGGGCCUGACGGACACUCUGGUGCUGAAUGGCAGGAAGGUGGAUGAGCGGCAGGGCCUGCCUGCCAUGGCCCACAGCCAGCUGGAGGGAUCGAACAAGGAGGCAGCGCUGCGACUCCUCAGCGUGGGGCUGGAGCAGCACCCCCCCCUGCAUUCGGCCUACAUCCCGGUGCCCAGGCAGAGAAAGCUGUCGGGCAAGGCGGGGAUAGACGAGGUCAUGGCAGCCGCAGUUCUCACCAGCCUGUCCACUAGCCCUCUAGUGCUUGGCAACCCGCCUGGCACCCUCAGCCCAGCAGAGCUCAGCUGCGAGGCCUGGAAGGAGGGUCCCGCCAUGUCCUCCAGCUACAGCAGCAGCAGCAACAACAGCGGGGACUGGAACUGGGACCUGCCAAGCGACCGCUCCACCCCUUCCACCCCGUCGCCGCCGCUAUCCACCGACGUGGCCAAGAGCUUCCUGCCGGCCCCCCAGCUGGACGACGGCAUCGAGGAGACUGAAGCGACCCACUUCCUCUUCGGAGACCCCAUUCCCAGGAAGAGGAAGAACUCCACCAAGGUGAUGUUCAAGUGCUUGUGGAAAAGCUGUGGCAAGGUUCUGAGCAGCUCCUCGGGGAUGCAGAAGCACAUCCGAACCGUCCACCUUGGCCGGAAAGCCGACCUGGAUCAGAGCGACGGCGAGGAGGACUUUUACUACACAGAGCUGGACGUCAACGUGGACUCCCUGACAGAUGGGCUGUCCAGCCUGACCCCCGUCUCGCCCACUUCUUCGGUGCCCCCGGCUUUCCCUGUCCUGGAGGUGCAGCGAACCCCGCCGGUGCUGGUGAAGCCCGAGGACUCUGUGGAGUCUCCUCUGAGUCAUUCAGCUCCAACGAGCCUGUGCCAUGUCCACACGGACCACGCCUAUCAGGUGGGCCAUGUGGAAAAGCAGGCGAUGGCUCCCGUCAGCAUCUCAGCUGCUUCGAAAACCCUGCCUGGCGGGAUGGGCUUCAGCAUCUCCUGGCAGCCACCCCCAGCGCCACAGUCACCAGUUGUUUUUAAAGGGUCCCCGGGCUGCCUGACUGCGCUCCGCCCCGUCGGCGUGGGAGAGAAGCGGCCACAGAUCCCUCACCCGACCGUCACCGCGGCGCCCCCCUCUGUGCCAAAGCCAGCCGCGGGCACCAGGAAGCCCCGCGGCGAGGCCAAGAAGUGCCGCAAGGUGUACGGGAUGGAGAACCGGGACAUGUGGUGCACAGCCUGCCGGUGGAAGAAAGCUUGUCAGAGGUUCGUCGACUGAGCGCCCCCCGCCCCCCGCGCCUGGCCCCGCUGCCCGAGCCCCCAGGCCCCUCUGGCUCCAUUGGAACCUCCGAGCUCUGGAAACUCAGCGUCAACACUUUCUUCUUGCACGUUUUGCACUUCAGGUGCCUUCGAGCCCGACCCCCCCCCUCCUGGCCCCCAGGGACUCAGCUGUGGCUAGCCGGAAACUGCCCCGGCCUCAGGAAGAAGGAGCCCCUUGGCCUGCGAUUGCUCUGAGGAAUUGUCGAGCGGCGAUUCUAGGCGUGGGGGGAGGGGUGAAAGGAAGGGGCUGUCCUUGAAAAGGAAAAACUCAUUUCCCGCCUCCACGCCCAUUGGUGCGACACGGCUCCCGACGCCAUCUUACAUCAGGUUCCCUCCGGGAUCGGGCCCCUGAGAGCCAUUCGUCUGGCGCUAUCUUUUCGUGUUUUUGCGGAGCCUUGUCCUGUCUCCUCCCCGCCAGCGUCGUGCUCUUGUCUCUUGGAAGCUUUACACUUACGCACACGUACGCACGGAGCUUUUCUGAUCACUCUCUUUUGGAAAUAAGCUAUUUUCUCUUCCUUCACUACGUUCCUCCCGCCGUCUGACUGCCUUCAGGGAUCUGGCCGAGCCAGGGAUGUCCGUGCGCUGGGAUCCGGCGGUGGGAGGCCAGUAUCAGCCGCCAGCUCUGGGAAAGGAGGGGAGCGGACCUGGUACUGUGCGCGCACAGGAAGCCCAGAGCUCCUUUCCCUCUUGGUUUUUGCUUUGGAAUCGCGCCGACCACAGUUCGCCACCGAAAUGGACUUUAGACCAAGAAAAGGACCCAGCCUGACCUCCCGCUGCAGCCCGCUGGGAUGUGACGAGGUUCCGAGCAGCAGUUUUCUACCCUUCUUUUUUAUCUCUUGGUUUUAAGGUGCCAUGUCUGAUCUGAGUCCUGACUCUGGUGGGCUAAAACACCCAGUGUCCCUGGGGCAAGGGGGGACGGUGCUGUGUGUUAUCUCCCCCACUCCUGCAGGGAAUUCUCGAUUGGGGGGAGGGGGUGGGGGUGAGAUGGACUCAGCAACAGACCCUCAACCAUUUGAAGACACUUGUGUGGUCAGAUCUUUGAGCUCUGUGUCCAGAAUGGACACGGGGUGGGGGGAAGGCGGCGGUGGGAGUAACCGUGCCUAAGAAUAAGCUGUGCCUGGGAAAAGCGGCCCCUGUUGACCGUCCUUUUCCGCGUGGAAAAUGUGGCUCACUCCCUGUCCUUCCCCCAGCCGCACCUGUUCUGUUGCCCCUCUGCGUGCGGAGCCCAGCUCCCCGGGUGCAGAGACGGGGGACUUGUGUCCACCCAGGAUGAGGUAUUAAAGUUUUUUUUUUGUUUUUUUUAUAAAGGAAAAAAAAAAAACCUGCUCCCGUGGCAACGAGAGCGCCCGGAAGUGCCUGCGUCAACGCGCCCAUUUGCACUAAGCCAAACUGCACAAAGAGUUUUCUUUAUUCUUUUCUUUGUGUGUGUGUUUUUUUAAUAAAAUAUAUUAAAGGUUGUAUUUUAAAUAUUCCCUCCCAGGGCAGGAGCGAGAGAUUGAGAAAACCCUCAUCUCCUUGCUUUCCAAAAGCAUGUCUCUAGAUUUGUUUCUGUGGGGACUAUAUUUCCCAGAAUCCUUUCUCUCUCCCAUCACCCCCUGCCCGCUUGGGACUCCCUGUUUAUAAGCAAGCAGCACUGGUUGCUGGGAAAUGUAGUUUUCCCUUCGGGUGCGUUUUUUUGUUUGUUUGCUCUGCCGUCUUGAGUGCAACAACCCGGACAACGUCCAUUGGAAUUUGCCUUGGUCGUUAAUGUCUGAGAUAAUCCCAAAAAAAUCCAUUUGCUGGAUGCAAAGACGAGAGUCUCUGUGUGUGCGUGUGUUUACGAAGCCGUAUUUUGUAAGAUUGUUUUUUCAGUGUUUGGAGCCUGGUUCAAUUCUAUGUGUGUUGUUGUUGGGUUUUUUGUAAACAGAACCAAUUGUCUGUGCACCAAGUGGCCCGGCUAAGGUGGAUUUGAACAGAAAAAACUCCCUAUGAUGAAUGUAUAAUGAAUACUCCUCUGCUGCCUUUUGUGCCUGAGCAGGACGGUCUGUGCCGGGGGAAUACUCCAGAGCUAUGGUCCUCGGCCGCGUGCUUAGGCAGGUGUCUAAUUUAAGUAUGUUAAGUGGUGCUAAGGAGACCACUGAAAUCCCGCUUGUGCCCACAGUGUAGGUGGGACUUGGGGGGUGUCCAGAGAGCCACUCUUGCUUAAACUUGUGCACCAGCAGAGACUUGUAGCACAGCCCGGGGCGGCAGGUUUUCUGCUUCUCUUCCUGCGGCCACGCGCUUGGGCGGUGACCAGAGCUGGCGGAGUGAUAAUCGCAAGGACAAGGCUUUUGAGAGUAACCCGCGAUUUCUGGGCAACUCACCGGAGCUGCCUUCCUGGGCCCUGAUUUUCAGCGCUGAAAACCCAGGCCCCUCUUAAGGUAGCUUCCGUUGGGCCCCUGACCUCUCUAGGCUUUGAAUAAUGUUCGGAAUGGGCUCUCUCCAUCUGUCCCCCCUCCCUUCUGCUUGUAAGUUGAUCGUUGCCACUAGCCCUUGGGGCUAGGCUGUGGGGGAAUAAUUGACCGAUUAAAUGUGGGAACUUUGUGCAAUUUUCAAAACCGUUUGCUCUCCCCUUCCCAUCCCCCGGGUUCCAGUGCGUGCGGAGGGUGCCCUGGCCAUAGGCUACCUGCAGAAACCCCCACGGGAAAGCUGUCUGGAAAUAGUUCAGUGACUCUACACUUCGCGCCAGACAUCGAUUAAUCUCCCAGCAGCAAUAAUUAAGAUGGGGAAACUGAGGCAGUGAGCUCCAGGGACUUGCCCAAAGCCACAGGAGUCAGUGUGAGAAACUCUGCCCUUCCCGACUCCCAGUCUGGUGCUUAGGUCACUGCCUUGUGUCACUGCUAUUUUGUUGUGUUGCUGGCAGCGGCCUAAAGCAGGUCCCGCUCUGCGCUGGCACCCGGCUUAAAAAGCCAAAGGGGAAAGUGAUCUUGAGCAUUUCAAGGCCUUUCUUGGGCAGGGUCCAGCCUCCUUUAACGCCGCUCUCCCCCCUGUUGCAACAUUGCUUGUCGCAGCAGGGCUGCUCCUGCUUGCGCUGGGUCCGGCCCUGGAAACCUGCAGCGUUCCAUUCACGGGUGGGGCAGGUCGCCCGUGGUGAGAACUGGGCUGCAGGGCUGAGCCCCACGCAGCCGCGCUGGCCCCUCGCGAGUGCUUCCAAUCUCCAGGAUUUUCGUGGGGACAGGAGGAAGUUUACAUGUCCCACCUGUGUCAGCAGGUUGAUUGUUUCCAGGGAGGCGAGGGCUUGGCCUAGGGUAGUGCCGGGCCGGGACUGGGCUUUUCGUAACCAGGGAGGACGAGCUGAUGGGAUGUACCGAUCCAGGUUGUUUUUCUGCCACACCCACGGACUUGCUGCAUGGCUUUGGGCAAUUAACAUGGGGCUUGAUCCUCCUGCAUCUGUUUCAGUGGGAGCAGGAUCCAGUGCACCUCACCCCUGUGUAAAACAAGGAUAAUGCUGGCUACCUCCAGGGGACAACACGAGGCUUAAUUCACAGGUGGGUGUCUGGUGCUGGGAGACUUGUCUAGGAGGGUGGCAGGCCAGAGUGUGUUUGUAACUAAGGUGGGGGAAAGGGAGCCCUGGGUCAGGUCUGUAGUGGUGUGAAUGCUCCUGGGCAGGGGGAGCUCCAUAGUUCGGGAGUGUUAGUCUCGUGUGUCUGGCUGAGAAGUGACCCUAAGCCUGACUCCAUGGAGGAAUGCCAUGUCCCGGUUUCCAUCCUGCAUGGAUUUGGGGUGUAGCAAUCGCCUACACAAACCUGCCCUGUUUGGGCGUGUUUAAAACAAAAACCAGCCUCCCUCCCCCACCCAUUAAUGGCGCUCUGAUUGGUCCUAAGCCCAGGAAGAAAACAGCGGUGGGAGGGCUGUGGUGUGUGGAUACCUAGCCCAGUGAUUCCUGGCCUGGUGUGGGUGUGGAGGGGUGACUGUGUAUGUUUUGGGGGCAGGGGGUGAACUGGGGGGAUUCUAGCCUGAUGAUGCUACAGCUGCCCAUGUGAUCAUACUGUGGGGGGGCUUUAUUUCUAAGUAAAAAAUAAUAAUCCUGGGAAUUUUUUAAAGCAUUUUAAUGGUUCUCUGAACGUUCAGUGGCAUUUUCCCAUUGUUGAAAAACGUCACCGAAAACUCGGUUGGAAGUUUUGCCGAUUCUGCUGUGCAAGUCUGAGGGGAGGGCCGGGAAAGCAAGGUCCUGGGACACCGAUUUCCGGAUUGCCGCCAUCUUUUACUGCCCCUGAAGAAUUCCCCAAGAUGGCCGGAGAGACUUUAAUGCUGCAGCUCCCUCCUGGCUGCUAGGCUGGUGCUGUCCUUGGUUCUUUUCAGGCUCCGCUCAUGGGAGCUUUGUCUGAUCAUUCUUGAUCUCCUGACUCUGGUCUCCAGACCACUGGCUCAGGAUGGCUCAGAGCGAUAGCGUUAUGGUGGUUUGGGGGAGGGCUGUGACUAGCCAUGGGCCUAUGCUGGAUCCUUCCAGGGGAGAGGGGUCGGGAUGCAAACCCCAGAUCCAGCUGGUGCCUGCUCUAUUUCUCAGCUGAUCUGGUGGGAUCAUAGGAAUCUCCUGCCACUUCCAGCAUUUCAAAGACCUUCUGAGAAUUCAGCAGGGUCAAACCUUCCCCUAAUUUAUCCCCAGCUGGAACCCCUGGCCAGGUGCCUCCUUGGCCAGCUCCGGUGCUCGGACUCAGAGCAAGGUGACGUGGGGCUUGGCGCCCCGGGCAGCGGAGCAGCCAGUGGGGCAGUAUCCCAGCACGGGUCUAUAGAAUGGAGCUCACCCGCCCGCGCUCCAGGACGAAUCAUUCUGAGCUCUGGUGUUCUGGGCUUUUUACCUCCCUCUCAAGCUCCGUGGGUCCAUAUUCGCCCAUUGCUCCACCGUUCCUGAGCUUCCCAGCCACUCAGAGCGUCUGGGUCCAGCAGAACCGGCUGUCUCUGGGGGAGCCCCCGGGGGAGGCUGGAGGGUCGCAUGCCCCAGGCUCCUCUCAGGGUAGAACACUGCAUGGUGUAGCGAGGACCUGCUAGCACUAACCUUUGUCCACCGCCAGGGGCACAGGUUCGGAGCUGGCGCUGGUCUGUAGUCACCAGAAGUCUCCCUUCGAGGGCUGGCCAGUGGCCUGGGACCCGAGCCCUGCCUGUGGUGUGCCAAUUCUGAGGGUAAAUCAGGGAGUUUGGGGCCUGGGGCUGGCCCUGCUCACUAGCACACAACUCACUUUUAUUAAGAAAGCGAAUUUGCACUGUGAUUUUCCCCAGGCACAGUGAGGAGGGGAGGGGAGGGAUGCGCCUCUUGCAGCCACAGGCAAAGCGGAGAGACGUAAUCCCAGGGAAGGGGCUGCCCAAGCAGCAGGGUCAGUGCUGCUGGCACCACUGGGCCUGGUGCGUUAACGGCUGUUUCAUUGCUUUCUUCAGCAUGUUCAUCCCCUUUUGUUGUAAGAUCUCCCCAUAAAUUCCCAGGACCUCCUCCCAUAGGGCUCAGUUCCUGCUUCCCCAGCCCAGAUCCUAGCAUUGCCCCGGUGCCAGCACUGCACACUCGAGGAUUUCUCCUGGUGGGGGCGGGGGAGCUUGUCUGGGCCUCGGGCUGGUUCUGGCAGGGUUGCAGUCCUAGUGGAUGGCGGGUCUCAGCGAUAAGACAAUCCUACAUCCCCAGAUGCUGGCCAGUGGCUGGUGUCUUUUAAAGGUCCAACGGGCACAUCCACUGGAUGCUGGAAAUAGUAUUUAUGGGGAAGUGGCAGAAACGUCGCCUAAAGCUGGCGUACUGAGCAUGGGACCGGCCUGCAGGGGGCAGGUGGGACCAGGCUGGAGGGAGCGGGGGCAUCCCAUGGCUGCUGAUCGUGCUCCUAAGCCGUAAAGCAAAGAAGAGUCUCUUCCCUGCCCAGUGGGAAAACCCCUCUGUGGUUUGCUGGGCAGGGUCCUGGCUCCUUCUGCGCAGCCUCUGAUGGGUAUCAGGUGGAGAUGGGGCCCUGCUGGCAGGGCGGUGGGUACGAUGGGGGAUUGGGCUGUGACACACAGCUGGCUGGAAUUGCUGUUGCAGCACCCGUGGGGGCCCUGCACUGGCUGCCCAAGGAAUCCUGGUGGCCUUUUUCCUUUCUCUGGCGGCACUUGAUACAAACAAGCUUGAUGCUGUGGGAGAACAGAGCUGCCAGCGCUACCUACCUGGCCGUGGCAAAUGCAAGUGACUGAGGCUUCUGCGCCUUCAUUGCUUUGAAUGGCUUUGGCUGGCAGUGCCACCCUGGCCCGAGAUUGGCCACCAGCUCCCUGCCCUGCGGGGACCUUUCACCAAUUCCAGCCUCGCUGCUGUUGCUCACAGAGGUGUCGCCUCUGGCCUUGUGCAGCGGGGGAAGGGAACGUUGCAGUGAGUGCCCUGACAGCUGUGUGCACGCGCGUGUUCUCCUAAUGCAACGGAUACGUUCUUCGAGGAUUGACGCCAGAUGAACAGGGAAUACACAACAGAGAUUUGGGUGGACCAAAGCUGUGCUACACACUAGCCACACUCCGAACGCCCGCAUGCCCUCCGUACAGGCCGUCACAAGCCAUCCCCCUCCUAGAGCUGUGAGAACCUGCUGGUCAUCAGCCAAUGAAUGCAGCUUGUUUCCUGGGGCUGUGUGAUGUUACCCGUUUCUCUCACCUUGUGGGGCACUGACAGGUUCAUGCACUAGGGGUCUUUGUAGGUACUGAUGCCUUUUGCAGCUGCACUGAAGCAGGGUUGGGCUGGGGGUCCCUCUGCUUGGAUUUCCUGGCCCUGCAGGUUCCUUUAGGAACCUGAGGUCCUGGCUAAGACCACAAAGCUUGGGCAGGAACAGGUGUCAGACCAGCCCUUUCUCUAGCCCUUGUCGCCUGCCCUGUCCUCUGGUACUGAGCCUCUGCAUUGCACACUAGCCCCAGGGCCCUGGCAGGCAGCUGCUCUGCGGUGGAAGAAUGCACCAGGGCCCGUGCAUUAGCUGAGCCAGCACUUCCUUCCAAAGACGGCAGAGUGUAUCGCAGGGGGGGGGUGGCACCCCGUGCCAGGUCCCACGGUGCCCCAUUGGCGAAGGGGAAGGCCUGAUCAUGCACUUUGUAGGAGCCCUGCAGCCUAGGCAGCCCUCAUUUGAGCUGUUCAGAGUGGAGGGAAAGCAAAGAGGAGGUACGCGAGCAGGUGUAGGCAGAGCCUACGAUCCUACCAGCGGUGAGGCUCCUGUGGGAGCCCAGCAUCUGCUCACGUCAGGCAGGACCAGAGUGGGGGGCCGUGCACUAGGCUGGGCUCGGGUGGUGGGGAAGACAGUAAGAAGCCAUGUGCCAAUCUCCUGCAACUGUGCAAACCGGCCCAGGUUGCUGGCUCGAGGCAGCCUGAGCCGAAGACGAAACGGCCUUUGGGGAUCCCAGGCCGGGGGAAUUAACGAAGCCAAACAGCGCUUUGAAAAGGAAAAUCAGGGUGUGACAGGGUGGUUUGUAAACGGCCAUAAAAAACAAACGGAACAAGUGGAACCAGCCUUGGAAUGACCUGGGCUAGAAUGUACAAAACGGGCCCAGGGACUUGCCCUGUGGGACCCGGGAUUGCGGCUUUUCCUGGCAGGAGCAGGCAGGGAGGGGCACGGCUGGGGCGGGCUCUGCUGGGGCUGCCCCAUUUUCAAAUUUCCUUCCAGGAUUUUGCAAGUGGAAUUUGGGCCGAUGCUAUUUGUCGCACGUGUGCUUCGCUCAGGUCCCGCUUGGGCCCGGAAUCCUGGGCCCCUGGAAGGGAGGGUUUGUCAGAGACAAGAGAAAUAAAAGAUUUGUGUUUUUCAGA